CUUCUCCCCUCGCCUCUCCUCGCUUGGAUUUCUUUGUCGUUGCGGCCGUGGUGUGUGUGAAUUUUGGUGGUGAGGGGUUGGGGGAUUUUGGGGAGGGGAGAUGGAGAUGCCGCCGGAAGAGAGCGCGCUGGCGCGGCAGGGGUCGAUCUACUCGCUGACGUUCGACGAGUUCCAGAGCGCGCUCGGCACCGCCGGGAAGGAUUUCGGGUCGAUGAACAUGGACGAGCUGCUGCGGAACAUCUGGACGGCGGAGGAGUCGCAGGCCAUCGCGGCCUCCUCCACGGCGGCUGCUCCGGCUGCGGCGGCGGCGGCGGCGGGGGUGGUGGUUGGGGUUGGGGACCAGCAGCAGCAGCAGCAGCAGCAGGCCAUCCAGAGGCAGGGGUCGCUCACGCUGCCCCGCACGCUCAGCCAGAAGACGGUGGACGAGGUGUGGCGCGACAUCAUGGGCUUCGGCGUCGACGCGCCUGCGCCCGCGGUGGCCCCCGCGCAGCAGGCGCAGCGGCAGCCGACGCUGGGGGAGAUGACGCUGGAGGAGUUCCUGGUGCGCGCCGGCGUCGUGCGGGAGGAGAUGGGGCAGCCCAUCGUCCUGCCGCCGCAGGCGCAGGCGCUGUUCUCCCAGAGCAAUGUGGUUGCCCCGGCCAUGCAGCUCGGGAACGGGAUGGUGCCUGGAGUCGUCGGCCAGGGCGCUGCCGCGGCGAUGACGGUGGCGGCGCCAGCCACGCCGGUUGUGCUCAACGGGUUGGGGAAGGUGGAGGGCGGGGAUCUCUCGUCACUGUCGCCGGUGCCCUACCCCUUCGACACCGCGCUUAGGGUGAGGAAGGGCCCAACCGUCGAGAAGGUGGUGGAGAGGAGACAGAGGCGGAUGAUCAAGAACAGGGAGUCGGCUGCUAGGUCCCGUGCGCGGAAGCAGGCUUAUAUAAUGGAGUUGGAAGCUGAGGUGGCAAAACUGAAGGAACAGAAGGCUGAAUUGCAGAAAAAGCAGGUAGAAAUGAUACAGAAGCAAAAGGAUGAGGUCAUGGAGAGAAUCACUCAGCAACUUGGACCAAAGGCAAAGAGAUUUUGCCUCCGACGAACACUGACUGGUCCAUGCUGAAGCCAGAAUUUCCGGUUUCCCCGCGGCGCUCAGCUUCAGAGUUGCUCCUCUCCUUUGUUGCUUUGUUGGUGAUGGUUCAGUCUUUUGGACGGUCGAAUGCUGGUGACCAAUUACUCACUAGGUUUAGCUGCGCAAGAUCGAACAAAGGCGUUACCUAUCUAAUCUGUUUAACUCCUUAAUAGGCAGUUUGGCACGGUGAAACGGCUCAUGCCGUUUGUGCUGUUGGAUGCGGCCGUGCUGCCUGUGCAGCUGCUGCUCUGUAUGUUGUUGUUGCAUUGACAUAUCAUCCCGUUUACAGUUCAGUGAUUCUGUUCUGUGACCCAGUAAUUUCAGUGAUUCUGUUCUGUAACCCAGUAAGAGAUAUCGGUUUCAGUGAUCUGAAUGUAAUUUGCGUUUGCAGUUUCC